AGCAGCUGAUUUUGUGAGAGAUAAUUUUUAUGUGGAUGAUGGUUUACAGUCUCUCGAAACUGUUAAUGAAGCUAAGUUGCUCAUUAAAAAUAGUACUUCUCUGUGUGCCAAAGCAGGUCUAAAGUUGCAUAAAUUUGUGUCGAAUCGGAGAGAAGUCCUAGAAUCUAUUCCUGAAUGUGAUCGGGCUAGUAGUGUAAAAACAAUUGAUUUGAAUAAUGAUCCACUUCCAAUUGAGAGAGUUCUAGGUAUGCUGUGGGAUGUGAAUGAUGAUGUUUUUCGCUAUCAUUUGCAAUUGAAAAAUCAACCACGAACCAGAAGAGGAUUUCUAUCAAUUGUGAGUUCUAUAUUUGAUCCAAUGGGAUUUCUGUCACCUGUGAUAUUGGAAGAUGCAUGUCAGUCUGGUUAUGGUCAAUGUUCAUAUGUCAGAUUGGUGAAUGAAAAUGGAGAUUCACACUGCACCUUGCUCAUGGGGAAAUCUCGUGUUGCUCCGUUGAAGCAAAUUUCCAUUCCAAGGAUGGAAUUGACAGCAGCUACAAUUUCUGCACGAAUGAGCAGAUAUUUACGGGAAGAACUAAGGUAUGAAAAUAUUAAGGAAUAUUUUUGGGUUGAUAGUAUGGUGGUGCUGGGUUAUGUGAACAAUCCAGUGAAAAGAUUUCAUGUAUUUGUUGCAAAUAGGAUACAACAAAUUCUUGAUGUGUCUGAUGUUAGUACAUGGUUACAUGUUGAAUCUAAUCAAAACCCAAGUGAUUUGGCAAGUCGUGGUAUAUCAGUAAAAAAGUUAAUUGCUGAUUCAAAAUGGUGGAAUGGUCCUGAGUUUUUGCAAUGUAAAGGAGCUUAUGAACCACCAGAAGUUUCCUAUGUACCAAAUAAUAAAACAGAUGCCUUGUUGAAACAUGAAAUGAAAAAGGCAACAGCGUUCAUAACAGUUGAAAAAGAAAAUACUGUUGGGUAUAAUUUUGAUAUUGAUAGACUGGACAUAUUUUCUUCUUGGUUCAAAGCCAAGCGAGCUGUGGCCAACUGUAUUCGAUUUUGUCACAAGCUGAGAAAAGUUGAUUGUGCGAAUAAUUUGGGAGUCGAAAAUUUGUCGAUUUCAGAGAAAGUAAUUAUCAGAUGUUUACAGCAAAUUCAUUUUUCAGAGGAAAUAGAGCAGCUGCAAAGUUGUGCAGUUUCUGGUGCAAUUUUGGAUCGAGCCAAAAUUAAAAUUCGAAACAAACUUAGACGAAGUUCAAUUUACAAAUUGGAUCCAUAUAUCGAUGAAGAUGGACUAAUUCGUGUAGGUGGUAGGGAGAGCAAAUAUGCCCAUGGAUUAUAAGCAUCCAUUGCUUUUGCCAAGACAUUCUCAUGUUACUAAUUUGAUUAUUCGUCAUUUUCAUAUGAAAGUUCAUCAUAUGGGACGCGGAAUGACACUGAAUGAGAUACGUCAAAAUGAGUAUUGGAUUGUUGGAGGCACCUCAGCUGUGUCACAAUUUAUAACUUCAUGUGUUGCAUGCAGACGUAUCCGAAGACCUCUUGAGGUUCAAAGGAUGAGCGAUCUUCCAGAGGAUCGUGUGAAUGAAGCAGCCUUGUUUGAUUAUUCAGCUGUUGAUAUUUUCGGCCCUUUUGAAAUAAAGGAGCGUAGAUCUAUUUUUAAGAGAUAUGGUAUAAUAUUCACUUGUUUAUCUUCCAGAGCAGUUCAUUUAGAGUCUGCAAAUUCAUUAGAUACAGAUUCAUUUCUCAAUGCCUUGAGGAGAUUCCUAGCAAGACGAGGAACAAUUAAGCAGUUGAGAGCAGAUUGUGGAACAAAUUUUAUUGCAGGAAGAAACGAAU